UCCAGUUCGUUAUCAUCUAAUCUAAUCCACUUUCCCACUCUCUCUGUCUCUCACACAAACAAACCACUCUGGGAGACGGCCAUGGCCACCUUGAUGGCCUUGUCAUCUCCAGUUUGCACUACUAGUCUCUUCCGCCCUUCUUCUUCUUCUCUCUCAACACCACUCUUCUCUCAACAUUUAUUCUCAAAACUCCCACGUAGUAAUAAUAAAAUCCAAUGUUGUAGUAGUAUUAACAAAGAAGAAGAAGCUCCAUUUAGUACUAGUACUAGUAGUUUGAAAAGCUUGGAUCCGAAGAAAGGCGUGUCAGUGUACAAGCCCAAGUCCUACCAAGUUUUAGUUACUGACGCCGCUAUUUCUCUUGCUUAUGCUCUUCAGGACGGUUUCACUCGCUUGGAGAUCGAUUUCCCGCCCUUGCCCAGCAACGUUUCUUCCUAUAAGGGAUCUUCAGAUGAGUUCAUUGAUGCCAACAUUCAACUAGCCUUGGCUGUCGUGAGGAAGCUCCAAGAAAGAAAGGAAACUAGAGCUUGCAUUGUGUUUCCUGAUAAGCCUGAAAAGCGGAGGGCCUCUCAGCUUUUCAAAGCAGCUCUUGAUUCGAUUGAUGGUAUAACCAUAGGUUCCCUGGAUGACAUCCCUAGUGGUCCUGUCAGCACAUUCUUCAGAUCUAUAAGGAACACACUUGAUUUUGAUUUUGAAGAUGACAGUGAAGGUCGUUGGCAGUCCAAUGAGCCUCCAUCACUGUAUAUAUUUAUUAAUUCUAGCACACGAGAACUUGCAACCAUUGAGAAGUAUGUGGAAAAAUUUGCUCAAUCAACUCCUACGCUUCUAUUUAAUCUGGAACUUGACACAUUGCGUGCUGACUUGGGCAUUCUGGGAUUUCCAACAAAAGAUUUGCAUUACCGAUUUCUCUCUCAAUUCAUUCCAGUGUUCUAUAUUCGAAUCAGAGAGUACUCAAAAACAGUAGCAGUAGCACCUUACAUUGUGAAUUACAAUGGAGCACUGUUUCGCCAAUACCCUGGGCCUUGGCAGGUAAUGCUUAAACAAGCGGAUGGUUCUUUUGCCUGCAUAGCUGAGAGUGCUACACGUUUCACGCUGGGUGAAACCAAAGAAGAACUAUUGAGAGUGCUGGGACUGCAAGAGGAAGAAGGAAGCUCACUAGAAUUUCUUCGCAGAGGCUACAAGGCUGCCACUUGGUGGGAAGAAGAAGUUGAAAUGGAAGCGUCUUCUGCAUGGCGCAGUUAAGCAGCAAAAGCAGCAUAAACAGUUGCAGAAAUUUAUUGAAAGAGAUAGGGGCACACAAUCUCACAAUUAUAAGCUUCUGCUUCUUUUCUUCCCAUCUCUCCCCCCCCCCCCCCCCCUUUUUUAUUUUUUUUUAUUAUUUUGUUUUUUUUUUUUUUAAGUUAGUUCUCACUGUAUUGUACAUAUUUUUUUUUAAUAUGAUUUCUUUUUUUUUGGGGGGAGGGUGGUGUUCAAAAGUGAUGUAACUCUUGUAGGUCUGGAAGAAAUCUAAUUUUUUGUAUCUUGUUUGAUUGAGAUAUACUUUCCAAGAGCAAAGUAUAAAGAAAGAAAUAAAAAAUUAAAUUUCAAAUCA